AUUUUCUCUGAUUUUAAGAUCGGAUUUUCGUUAUUUAUUAAUUUAAAGCCUAAAAUUCAGUGUCAUUCAUUAAAUAAUCAACUAAUUUCAUGAAGUCUUAACUUGUGUGGAUCAAAAAAAUCAAAAAUUUCGUCAAAAAAAAUUUCCCUCUAUUGUUGAAACGUAAAACAUGGGCAACAACGACAGUAAACAACCGGAAAAACCUGUUGAAAAGAGCCCUUUACGAGUUCCAGCGACAAAUCAACCGAAGUUUUUGGAGUUUUUUGAAGCAAAACAACAAGCCAUUCAAUACAUUCGUCAAAGGAUAUCCAACAAAGGAAUGAAAGAUUUUUUUGCUUUGGAAAUCUUGGAAAAUGUGAUACCAGAUGCCAAAUACACUCUUGACCCGUUGGAAAGGAAUCCAAAAUACGUUUUUUCGUGGAAAAGUUGUGUUGUUACCGCGCAAAGUAUUCAUUCAAAGGACGAGGACAUCAAUUGUGGACUAUUUGCCAAGAGAAAAGUCGCUUCAGCUGCAAUGAUGCACAUGUUCAAUAUAGCAUUGCCGGUCUAUGAGCCUCCAACUAGUGAUGAUUUGUACAAAAAGUACGAAAAAUACUUUCAAUACGAGAUUUUUUCCCAAAAAUGGAAGGUUACAUUCUCCUUGGAAAAUAAGACAAUGAGUGCUUUUGGUUCAUCAAAAAAGGAAGCUCAUGACGCCAUUUGGACAGAAGACUUGAAAAAUUUCCUUUAUGAGAGAGAUUCAAGACCAAUUAAAGACACCUGUCGAAAAACGUUCAUCAGUUUGGCCAUUUCUGAGACCAGUUCCCUGGAGAAACGCAUUGAAUUUGUCUUAAAAAACUUGACAACAGAAGAAAAUCAUUUGAAACUCACGGAUGGUGUCUUAUCUGUUAUCGAAAGAAACAAAAUGCAAAAAUUGCUUGACAGCAUGAGGACUUUUAAUGUACUUCUUGCCAAAACAGAUGUCGAAGAAUAUGUUGCCUGUCUGAAUUUGGAUGGCAGAGACAUGUUCAGAGUCAAAAAUUCGUUGUUAGAUGCUAAAAUGAGUCUGAUUUUGGCAGCAAUGGAAAUUUCCUUGCGUGAAAUGACUGAUAAUGUAGUCUCUAAAAUAGCGGAUAACGUCGUUUUAUCUUUCAUGCGGAUGCAAUAUGCGGAUAAAAGUGACAAGAAAAGUGUCGAAGUGCUCAAAAAGGAAGCAUUUGAACAUGCAAAAAGGCUUUUGGAAGAAAAUGACCUCAAGAAUAACGAUGCCAUGACAAUUUUGCAUAAAACACUGAACUACGUUUGUUUUAGUGAAACAAUUUUUGAUUCUUCCGUUAGAGCUACAAUUCUGUGGAGAGGUUGGAAAUUCGAGGGAAUUGGUGUUGAUGAACUUUCUGCAGCGACAAAAGCAGCAAUAAUAGCUCUUGAAAAGUUGUUUGGUCUGUCACUAAAAUUCUACGAGUUAGAUAAAGAAGCAAAACGUAAAGAACUUGAAAGUAAAAUUAAACACACCACAAAAGGAGUUGCGCCAACUGUUAAUUACAUAUCAAGAAUCGAUAUUGAUGGAGAAACGUUAUCAACUAUUUCCCGUAACCUCAAUGACGGAAAAAAAGAAUUGCUGGAAAAGGCUCUCAAACAUAUUUUCAGGAAAAACGUACAAAAUACGAUUGAAGAAAACAGAAAAAGUCUCGUUCGUGCCUUAGUGAAGAAAGAAGAUCCUCUAAUCGAUCGCAUUCGUUUCGUCUUUGAAUGUAUGAGAACUAAAAAUGAUCCUUCAACGCCAUUUUACGCAACUGAUGACGUAUUAGAUGAAUCGGAAAAGACGCAACUUUUGUUUUUCGAAAAAGCAAUCAACACCCAUAAAAGACAUGAUCAUCUUUUUGAGGCAAGCAUUAACCUAAAUGACGAAUUUAUAAGGUCAAAACCCUCAAUGAAGGAAUUUCAUGCUAAAAAUGAAGUCAUAUUAGCUGCUUAUGAGGUUUUCGACAAAAUUUUAGCUAAAAAUGCAUUAAAAAAAGACAAUUCAACUGUUUGUGCGGAAAAAAAUUCAAAAUCUGAAACGAAAUCUGACCAAUUGGAAUUGUACAAGGAUCGAUUUCUGAAAGAAUAUUCCGAAAAUGACCCUCGUCUUCAAUAUCCAUCAAUUAUUUGGUUCAAAAUAACGCUCAGCCAAAUUCCAAUUGAUACAAUUGUCGAUGAAAAACGUAAUUUUGUAUCAACAAUCAAGUAUUACGGAAAAAUUUUCACCGAAAGUAGCUCCGAUCGAGACAAAUCACGUCAAAAAGUUGCUUGUCGUGCCAUGAAAGAACUUUUUAACGUAAAUUACAGGAUUUGGGAUGAGAUUUUAGGGGACUCAAGUAAAAUUAUUCAUUGUACCUCGAAUCAAAUAACUUCCAAUGGAACUGAUAAAACCAAAGAAAAACAAGUUGAAAUGAAUUUGUGUAAAAAUCGGGCUCAAAACCAUCUUAAAAGCAUCAAAUAUAAAAUAGAAAAUGUUCAACCAACUGAAGUUUGGAGCAUGGCAACAGCCCCAAAAUAUUUAAUUCAAACAACCAACACUUCCAAAGGAUUCAUUUCCGAAAUUCAAUUUUUUGACGAAAAAUUUUCAGUUAAAAAUGAAAACAAGAAGGAGAGCCGUCAAAAAGUUGCAGCCUUGGCAUGUAAAGAGAUUUUAGGAAUUCAUCUUCCACAUUGGAAUAAAGUCACCAAAAAACAAGAAGACUUGAAAAAUGUUGAAAAAUUACGACUUGAAGCUACUAAAAUUUAUUACAACAGAGCUAAAGAAAUGCUGAAUUCGACCACUAAAAAUCUCGCAGCUGACAAAUUUUGGCAAAAAUUAGUUGGAGACAAGCAUCCAAUUGAAGUUGAACAAACUCCUCAAGGUGCAUUUUUGGCAACCAUCGAAUUUUACGGUAAAAAGAUAAAGGAAGAAAAUAUGGACGAAGCAAAAUCUCGUACAAAAGUGUCAGAAACAGCUUUGGACAAAUUAUUGGGAAUCAUUUUGCCACAACAAAAUUAUGAAAAGAAAAAAGUUGUCGAAGAAAAAACAUCUGAGGAGGAAAUUGCUGCCAUAAAAGUGUAUGAAGAACGUCUAAAAAAAUCUUUGCUUUAUAAAAACUUGAAACCUUCGCAAUUGUGGAAUAAUUCAACAAUGGGACAUUAUCCCUUUGAAACAAUCGAAAGUGGAAAAGGAUUCAAAUCGACGAUUGUUUUCUUUGGCAAGACUUUUUCCGCUGAACACUCAAAUCAACAUGAAUCGAGACACGAAGUUGCCAAAAUUGCAAUUAAAAAUAUUUUUGGAAUCAGUCCAUCAGAAUAUUUGACUAAACAAGAGAACUCCGAACAACGAAUUGCAGCUAUAAAAAAAUUAGAACCACGUUUGAAGGAAUUUUUAUCGCCAAAUAUGUACAACCAAAAAUAUUGGACUCCAUUGAAUUUGUGGCAUGGCUUAACCCAACCAAGUUUCCCAAUUUUGACAAAACCCGUCAACGGAGGCUUUUCUUCGAGAUUACAUUUUCAUGACAAAACAUUCACUGCCGAGCACAGCGAUGAAAAGGAAUCAAGACAUGAAGUUGCUAAAAUGGCUUUAAUCAAUUUGUUUGGAGUUUGUCUUCCAACGAAUAAUUCCGAUAAAGACAAAAAUCAGAAAAUUGAGAAAAUUCAAAUUUCUGAUGAAAAAAAUCAAAUUUCUGCUGAAAAUAAGUCUGAACAACGAAUUUCUGCCGUUAAAAAAUUAGAACCUCGCUUAAAAGAUUUUCUUUCUCCGAAUUAUGACCAAAAAUCUUGGAAUCCGGGAAAAUUAUGGCAUGCCUUAACUCAACCAGAUUAUCAAAUUAUCACUAAAAAAUCGAAUGCGGGAUACACUUCUACGAUAAUUUUUCAUGACAAGACAUUUUCAGUGGAAAAUCAGGAUGAAAGUUACUCGAGACAAGGAGUUGCCUUGACUGCCUUGAGAGAACUCUUCGGAAUUUCUGUGUCAAAAUGGAGUUAUUUUGAGCCAAAAGUCGUGCAAUCGUCUUCCAGCAGUAGAUCGAGCAGUGUUUCUUCCGUAGCUCGGAGUGAAAGAAGAAAUAGUGACGCUACGGAAAAGGCUGAAAAAUUGAGAUACCUUUCAAAACGGGCAACAGAUAUCUUAUCAAAUCGUAACAAAAACAUCCAAGUAAAUCCAGUUGACUUAUGGAACUCGAUCACAGAGUCAAAAUACCCAAUUAAAACUGAAAAAUCCGGAGAUCGCAUCGUUUCUCAAAUCCUUUUCUAUGACCGAACCUACUCCGAUGUCGAUGCAAACGAGAAAAAAUCCAAAAAUAAAGUCGCUGUACGAGCUUUAAGUGCCCUUUUUGGAAUUUAUUUCCAAUAUUGGGCGGAAUAUUCGUCGUCGAAAAAAACUCAAGUCGUUACAUCAGCUUUGCCAUCAGCAAUUCCAACAAAAAAUGAACUUAAAGAACCUUCUACUGACAAAAACGAUGAAAAAUCUGAAGAAAAAGCACCUGAAGAGGAAGUCCCACAAAUAAUUCCUUCAAAUAAAAACAAAAUAUCUCCCGAAAAGAAGAUGGAAAUACUCGAUGAACUGAAAUCCAUUGCCCGAGAGAUCAUUGAUAACAACGAGGAAGUAUCUGAUCCCACGCAAUUGUGGAAUGAAACAGUCAAAAGUCAUCUGGAAUACAAAAUUAUGACGGAAUUUCAUUCAAAGAAGAAGAAAUAUGUGUCAACGAUUGAAUUUCACGACCAAAUUUUCGUUAACGAAGACUGGGACGAGAUGAAAGCAGAGACAGGAGUGGCUUGUAAAGCUCUUGAUGAGUUGCUUGAACUUGAUUUCAAUGAAGAAGAUGAAAAUACAAAAUCCAGAAUUGAAGAAAAUGAAGAAAAAUUGGAAGAAACUGAGGUUCAAGAGACUUUUGAAGCAUCUUCUGAAUUUAAAAUAAAAGAAUUAACCGAAAAAUUAGAAGAAAUUCAGGUUCAAGAAACAUUUAAAGCAUCUUCAGAGGCUAAAAUUGAAAAAAUAAGCGAAAAAUUGGAAGAAACCAAAAUUGAAGAAACUUUUGAAGCACCUUCCGAAGCAUCAGAGUCCAAAAACUUCGAAGAUAUUAUUUUCUAUGAGCCUUUAAUCAAGCGAAUUCAAGCAGUAUUGACUAAUUUAUCCCCUCACUACAUACGAAGUUCAUAUUUAAUAUUCAAACACUCCUCAUCGCCUGUUCUAACAAACGAUGAAUGGCAACUUUUAAAAGAAAUCGACUCAAAAAUCUUCCCCGUCACCAUUGAUCCGUCCCUUUCAGAUGUCGUAACUGGCUUCCAGAUGUCCGUAAUCGUUAACGAGCACAAUGUUUUCGGCGAAGGCUCCACAGAAAAAGAAGCAAGAGAUGCUACGAUCGUCGCUGCAUUCGAACACAUCGAAAAAAUUGGGCUAAUUAUUGGAACAGAUGACAUUGAAAUCGAGAAAAAUUCAGUUCAAGAAGAUGAAACUGGAAAAAAAUCUUGCUUACAAAAGUUAAAAGAUUACCACAAACAACUUCUUGAGCAAAAAUUGUCAUUAGAUGACGUUCCUUGCGCGGAAAUUUUCCAAAAAAUUGGAAUUAAAUUCAAAUUUGAAUAUGAAACUGAUGACCCGGAUUUAGAUCAUGUUAAGGAAAUUACUUCCAGAUUUGCUGUGAAAAAGUUAAUGGACAAGGCAUACGCUUUGGACUAUUAAACGUACAAAAAUUUAACUCGUGAUAUUUACCAAAUAAUUUUUUUUUUGUAUGAGAAUAAAUUACAAAUUACCAAAUUUUAUGUUUUUUA